AUGGUAAUGUUUGAGGUGCGGCAGAAGGUUUAUGCGACACUCCACGAAACAUUUCAUGCCGCUAUUAUACAAGAGGUUGCACAUGAUGCGCACACGGGGCAGCUUCUGUACUACGUUCACUACGUGGAACAGGACAGUCGCAUGGACCGUUGGCUCCCCGGUAGCGCAUUGAGGGAGCGGAGACAAGGCCGGCAGGCGGACAAACAGCAGGUGAGUAAGCCAACAGGCUGCGGCAUCACCACGCGUGGGCAAAGCCGUUUGGUGGCAGAGCAGGAGGAGAGUGGAUCCAACGGCGCUACGGCAGGUUCCGCAGCAAAGCGAGGUGCGACACCAAAUUGUGAUAAGGUAACAACUACCAGAACGCGGAAGGAGAGUUCGUUUUUUUAUCGACCGAAGAAUGUUCAACGUAUUUGCAUGGGCCCAUAUGAAGUGGAGACGUGGUACUUCUCGCCGUACCAUCUUGCGCGACCGCAGGUGCAGCAAGGCUUCAAGCAGAACGCAGAAUACUUCACAGGUGACAUGGAGCUACAACUGCGCCAAGAUAGUCGCGAUAAUGCUCUGCGUUCUUCCGUUGCUUUUACAUCUUUUGUGCUUCAUAUAUGUCCCUUUUGCUUACAGCCCUUUUCGGAACAUGAAGAUGUGUUGCGCCACGUCCGUCUAGUUUGCUCCCGCUUUCCACCGGGAAAUGAAAUAUAUCGCGAUCCCAUACGGAAUCUCACCGUGGUAGAGAUUGAUGGAGUAGCUGAGCCCACAUUUUGCGAGCACUUGGCCCUUCUAUCCAAACUGUUCCUUGACCAUAAAGCUCUUGAUCAUGACAUGACGCCCUUUCUGUUUUACGUGCUCUGCAGUAUACAACCACAUGGUUUGGAAGUGCUUGGCUACUUCAGCAAAGAGAAGACGACACCGGAGAUGUACAAUCUCUCUUGCAUACUCGUACUGCCACAGUUCCAGAGUCGUGGGAUAGGGCGGUUUCUCAUUGAACUUAGCUAUGAACUGUCUCGUCGCGAGGGGAAAAUAGGCUCACCUGAGAAGCCGCUGAGCGACCUGGGGGAGAAGCUUUACCUGGGAUACUGGGGCGACACGAUCGUUUCAACCCUUGCUCGCGCGAUUGAGGAAAGUCACUGCGUCACACUGGACUAUCUUGUGCAAGCAACGUUCAUGUCGGAAGCGGAUGUCAUGCGAACGCUACAAUACUUGAAGUUAAUCGAUGGUACUCAAAUUGUAGUUUCGGAAGAGAGUAUCGAAAGAUGUCUUUCGAAACGCGUGCAGCGCGAGCGCAGUGGACAAAAUUAUAUCUUUUAUCCACACUUGCUUAGCUGGAGUCCACACAUGUACAAUGAGGUAGUGGAGCAGGAUGUGGCUCCUCCAGUUUAUGACUUGCGUAGAGCUGAGAAAGUAUAA